GCCUGUUCCAAUUGUGAUAUUUAGUCUGGGGUCUUCUCACUGUUUAUUUGGAACCUACAGAGUCUCUGGCUGACUGGCCAUCCCUGGCCAGCACCACAGGUCCCUGUGCCAUUUGUCAGGCAAAGGGUUGGUGCCAGGUCACAGCCCCUUGUCUGGGGCUCCAACCAUUCCCCCCACCCAGGGCACAACCUGCAGCUCUCACUGCAGCUGCACACUGAGCUGCUGGCACUGUGUGUAUUCCUCAAUAUCUGCCCUUGGAGAGGUGGAACGUGACCUUGAAGCGGGGUGAGCCUGGUCUGUACAACGCCAGAUGCGAGAAGGGCAGAGCCAGCCCAGAAGAGUCCACAGUCGAUGUCUCUGCCUGUAACACAGCAGUUCAACACUGGUUGCUAAAUGGCCUCAGGUAUGGAUGGGAAGAAAUGCAGCGUGUGGAUGUUUUUACCUCUUGUCUUUACCCUGUUUACAUCAGCUGGAUUAUGGAUAGUGUACUUUAUAGCAGUGGAAGAUAAUAAAAUUCUCCCACUAAAUGUACCAGACAGGAAACCUGGUCCCAAAAGACCACCUUAUAUAAGUAUUGCAGGUGAUGCACCUCCUGCAAGCUGUGUGUUUAGCCAAGUCAUGAACAUGGCGGCAUUUCUAGCGCUUGUCGUGGCUGUCCUGCGCUUCAUUCAGCUGAAGCCAAAGGUGCUAAACCCUUGGCUGAACGUCAGCGGCUUGGUGGCAUUGUGCUUGGCCUCUUUUGGGAUGACCCUACUCGGCAACUUUCAGCUUUCCAACGAUGAGGAGAUCCACAAUGUGGGCACAUCGCUGACCUUUGGCUUUGGAACCUUGGCAUGCUGGAUCCAGUCUGCCCUUACCCUCAAGAUCAACCUGAAGAAUGAAGGGCGGAAAGCCGGGAUUCCACGAGUUGCUCUCUCAGCCAGCAUCACCCUCUGCGUGGUGCUCUAUUUCAUCCUCAUGGCACAGGGCAUUCACAUGCACGCUUCCAGGAUCCAGUGGGGCCUGGUGAUGUGCUUCCUGUGCUACUUUGGCACCUUUGCAGUGGAGUUCAGGCAUUACAGAUUUGAGAUCAUUUGCUCUGAAUACCAGGAAAACUUUCUGAGCUUUUCCGAAAGCUUAUCAGAAGCCUCCGAGUACCAAACAGAUCAGGUGUAGCCUGUCCUCUGGCAGGGGGGAGGGGGGCAGGUGUGGUCUCAUGGGUUAAACAUAACCUCAUUUACACUUUUUUUAUGAGUUUGUUUUCAUGUGCAAUCAUGAUCGUAUUGCCAAAGGGCUCUGAGGGGUGGCUGUCCCGCUAAGAGCCAAACAAAAAUCGGUAUUCACUGGAAGAGGAGCAGAUCCUUCUCGGUGGCAGCAUGAGAAAGCACAAGCUGUUUAGUUUAUGCUACCAGGGACUGAGUGGCUCUGUCACACCUCUGUUGUUCAAAACGUUCCACAGCCAGUCCUUGCAAUGCCUCUCCGAGACAGGUCCUUCUGAGCCUACUCUGCAGAGGAGGUGGUGAUGGAAGCAGAAUUCUUUGGGCACCAAGAGUCUUCAGGAGCCUUCCUGAGUCACCAGACUGCAUCUUCUGUGUCUUUCCUGAGUUGUUUUCUUUGCUGCCAACUGGGGUAACUUGGAAGGGUGAGAAAGAGCAUCUGUUUCUUCAGAAUUUGGAAUCAGACAGUGGAAGACCCCAACUGGCUUUUCUGGCAAGCAGGCAGGCAUUUCUGCGGGCCUGGAAAGCAGCUGAUGGUAAAUCUGGGUUUGAAAGAAACUGUGCUGUGAUCAGGAAGCAGGACUUGGCCAAUGCUGCCUUGUAGCUGGGCAGAUCGUCCCCAGGCCAGAGGAGAUGACACAGUGGGGUGCUGUGCUUGGCUUCAUGGCUCAGACUCAACAGUGGGGACUGGGGGAAGUGAGGUGCUGAAUUAAGAUGAGAAUGUCUGUGUGCUCUGAAGAUGACCCAGAAAAGGCUGCUCUUUCUAAGUGUGUAGUGCUUCCACCACACAUUGUGUAUAGUAUUUCAAAACCUUUGCUUUUUUUUUUUUUUUUUGUUCACUGAGGGGGAAAACAUUGUGUUAGAGACGCUGGGCUUGUCUGCAAUGAGAACAGUACCACUGCAGGUGGUUCUGGACACAAGGUUUGGUUUUGCUCCUUGUGCACUUACAAGCCAAAUCUCAGACGUGCUGACAGUAGGCCUGGGUUCUGGACCUCUCAGUGUGGUCAGUUGUCCUGAGUGGCGUCUGCCACAGGUUUACAUGGGCUUCCAAGGUGCAGGGAGGCAGUUCUGCCCCCAAGGUUGGGUGAUGUGGCCUGAGGGCUGGAGGUGAAAAAAAGGAAUAGCAAAAUCAGAUGGGAUUCUCCCUUCCUAAAGGGAGGUUUUCAAACAGAAGGUCUGUUUUCAAAGAAAAAGCAAGAGCUCAAAGCUCAUUUGAAAACCUCAUUUUGGGAAGGCUGCUGUAUUGGCUGGGAAGGGGAGUGAUGGGACUUGCUUCUCAUGAACAUGGCUCCUAUUUUCUUCCACAAAUCAGACUCAGUUUAAGCUGGCAUCUUGUCUGAGCUGCAGGAAAAUAAGCAGAAAUUAAUAUGGUAGGAAAAGGCCUUUGAAGGGGAACUGUACCGCUCUGUGGCAUUUCUGACAAGACAGGGAAAAGGUACAAGGGCAGUCUUCUGCAAAGGUCAGAGGCCUCUCCUGAAAGGAGAAACAGUUGAGACAAACUAAUGUAAGUAGACAGCUUUCAGCCAGCCCUUUAUCUUCUGUGCACCAAAAUUUGUUCUCAGGCAGCUGUUAUAAAUCCAGAGCACUUCUGGCCAACAGAGAGUUGAUGUGGAUUGCUGAAGGCUUCCUCCUUGAAGCAGUGUCGUUAGUGGAAAGCUUUCCUGGAAGGAUGUCCUGAGGGUGGCCCAAGGACACAGCAGUGAAAGGUGCUGGGCUCCCCAGCAGCUCAUCCAGGGAGCUCCUCCUGGGCAUGGACAGUCUGGAGAAUGGACAGGUGGGGAUCCUGGCACAUAGGCACACUCACUCAAUCCAUAUGGAGCACAAAACAGCAAUUUAUUGUAAGGGUGUUUUACUGUAAAUAGUCCACUGUGACUUUUGUUUCCCUAAUCAAUUAAUACUUUCAGUUUAUCAUUUUAUAUUUUGUAAUUUUAUCAAAGGGAAAAAAGAUGAUGUGAUUAUUUUUUUUCCUUUGUCUCCUUUUCCUAUAUGCAAUCCAAACUGAACUUCAGGUUUUUAGUGAUAACUCUGUACAUUUCUUAGAGUAUUUCUAACAGCACAUUUCAGUACAACUAAGUGACAACUGAUAUACACUGAAACAUGACCACUAAAUAAAGUGCUUUUAUGGAGAAA